ACACUCCGAAUUUCGCAACCAGCAUCGUUGAAACGUUGAUUGUGUUUGUGUUCGAAAUACAUCGCGGUGCGACGAUUGAACUCAACAUGAUCCGGCAUGGUGCUGCUGUUGUGAACAUUGAAAUCAUUCGUUUGUUAAGAAUUUGCUCGUGCACAAGACACAGCUCAACGCGCUCAAAUAAUUACGCAGCAACUAAAAUCAAUUUGUGAUUGGCUUGGUUUUUUCGUUCGUCAUAAAAAAUGGCACGCUCACAGAAAAAGUCGAAAGGAAAGUCGCCAGUGAAGAAGGUUGUUUCCAGCAGCCAUUCGGCGAAGAAAAACAUAACGAAGAAAAAGUCCAAGAUCAACGAUUCGAACUUCAAGUACUAUAUUCACAAGGUCUUGAAGAGUGUUCAUCGCGACAUCAGCAUCGGCAAAAAGGGUAUGGCCAUCAUGAAUGACUUCAUGAUCGAUGUGUUCCAACGAAUUGCUAUUGCGGCAUCCGAUUUGGCCAAAAUCGACCAAAAACACCGAGGCGGCUCCCGAUUGACUGGCAAAGCGGUAGUAACGAUCACCAGCCGUCACAUCCAGACAGCCACCCGAUUGGAAUUGCCAGGUGAAUUGGCGGUACAUGCCGUGAACGAAGGUACCCGAGCCGUACAAAAGUACCUCGACAGCAAGAGCAAUGAAUAAACGCCUUACUUUGUUCACACGAUUCAAUUUCAUCAUCAACAUGCGAGUGAAAUUAAUCGCAAAAGUAACAUCGUUUUCACAACAUCACUUUUCGUACUCGUUAUAACGUCAAAAUGUUUUCGUUACAUUCAAAAAAGAGCAUAUUUGUUUUCGCGUAGAUCGUAAUUUGUUUUCCGUUAAAGAAAAUUCUAAAUAUACCAUUCGUUGAUUAAAUAUUAUUCGUUGUUACCAAACAAUCAAAUAUUCAAGAAGAAAAAUAGAUUCAGAACAGUUGUUUUGUGAAUCAUCAAAUGAUUUAAUAAAGAACAACAAGAAA